GAGCUUUAUAAUAGGAAUCUAGAGGCGAAAAAAGGAAUAUUGAGCAAAUUUAGGAUACUCUUUUAUGUAGUAGGUGUGUGUCAAUCAUCAUCUUCUUCUUCUUAGGGUUCUUAUUAAGCUAUGGAGUUCCUCUUCAUCUCUACUUCCCCGCCAAAAUGUAUCUUUUAAUUCGCGAAAAUUAGGGUUUUCUUUGUUCCUCUUUACUCUCUUGAUUUUAUCGCAAUUUUUUUUCUGGGUUUUUUUUUAACAUUUUGGGAGAUGAAAAAGAUCUUCGGAGGACCAGGAACUGUGUGUGGUCUGUUACUUAGAAUCGGACAAUGUGCUUCUUCUGCUGCUUCUAUAGGCGUUAUGGUCUCUGCCACCGACUUCUCUGGUCGCACUGCUUUCUGCUACUUGAUUGCUUCAAUGGGUCUUCAGUUACUCUGGAGUUUUGCUCUCGCGUGUCUUGAUGUUUAUGCGCUUAGGACCAAGAAAGAUCUUCAAAACCCAAUCUUGGUUAGCUUAUUCGUCGUUGGUGAUUGGGUGACUGCGAUGUUAUCUCUUGCAGCUGCGUGUUCAUCAGCAGGAGUUGUGGUCUUGUAUGCUAAAGAUCUCAAGUAUUGUGGUAUCCAUGACCAACAACUUUCAUGUCUUAUGUAUGAAGUUGCUGUGGCGCUUUCUUUCGUCACUUGGGUUCAGAUUGCUCUUUCUUCUCAUGUCACGUUUUGGAUCUUGGCCUCUGUUUAGUUUCUUUAAUUGUCUGACAUCAUCUUGUACACUGGCUUAUGAGUGAGACAUGACAAUAUUUUGAUUCAAAUCAGAUAUAUGAACAAUGUUUCUUAAGCUUAUAUCACUUAACUGGCAUAAUCCAC